ACCAGUCGCACUCUGACUCUCCGACCACCUCUCUGUCUCUGACUCGCAAAGGAAAAGUUGUACUUUUAUACCGAGGCUAAAUUUAGGGGGCUGGUCAGUGCGCAGCGUCCCGCAUCCUGGACGCGCUUCCUUCCCCCAGCCUCGCAUUGGUCUGAUUUGUGCAGCGAACAAUAUUUAUAAGAAAAGCAGCUCCUUCCAGCAGACGCACAGCCACACAUGAGUGAGGAGCAGCAGCUCAUCGGACGACAGAAGAAGCGACGCGAUCUGUAGCUUUUUCUGGAGACUCUGCGGACCUUUAAACAGAGAAAGUGUCCUUCUCUCAGUAUUUGAGGGUUUUUUUUUUCCUACUUUUUUUUUUUUUAACAACGCAUGGAAAUGGCCUUGAGUGGGACCAUUUUACCAUCAAUCUCUACGUUUGCCAGCCAGAAGGAGAAAUGUUGGGAAGAUAGGUGGAAGGGCGACAUGAGCAUUGCGCCCGACAUGGACAGCAGCUGCCUGGGCAGAAAAGACGAGGAAGACCUGGAUAAGUUAUUGGAUCUUGAGUUUAUUCUCGCAAACACAACUGGCUCUGACGGUGCGCCAGUCGCCGGGACAGGGGUAGAGUCCUAUCGGCUCCAGGAGUCCGGGGCGUCCGUGUAUCACCAGCAGCAGCAGCAGCAGCAACAGCAGCAGCAGCAUACCGGGAUGCCCCAGCCGCAGGCCAAUUACACCUCACAUGUCCCAGACAUGAACUGCCCUCCUCCGCCCUACAACAGUCUUAUGGCGGAGCUCCUUCGCUCCGACGUGGAUACGAGCUUCCUCCCCGGGAACAACAUCCAAGGCAGAUUCCUGAUCAGCUCAACGCCUUUCCAGACCACUCAGGAUUUAUACCCCGAGCAUCCGAGCAUUAAAGUGGAGCCCGCCUCAAUGGACUCGUACGGACCUGUUAUGGGUCUGGUGCCUCAGAGCUGCAACAAAAUAAAGCACGAAGGGAACGUCUCCUGCAUGAUGUCAUAUGAUCAGCAGCCGCGGCUGGCCAACUCCCCGCAGGCGGCUGUCGGCAGCAUGACGCCGCCGCUCAGCCCGGACGACCUGAUGAGCUCCGAGUGCCACCAGCCCCAGAUGCGCAACUCCACCUCGCUGACGUUCUCGCAGAGCUUCCACUCCCACCACCGCAGCGCGCCCGGGGGAUUCCCUCACCCACACAACGGUAUGCAGCUCCCUUUCACUGGGGCGCACCACCAUCACCAGUUCCCCGGCAUGUUCGGAGAGGACGCAGCCAUGGGUAUGCAGCCGCAGCCGGCGGCCGGCCAGCGGGUCCUGCUCACCCCACCGUCCUCCCCGCUGGAACUGAUGGACACCAAACCAAAGAGGGGUCGUCGGUCCUGGCCGAGAAAACGGACUGCGACACACACCUGCACUUUUACCGGCUGUGGGAAAACCUACACCAAGAGCUCCCACCUGAAGGCGCACCUCAGGACGCACACAGGUGAGAAACCUUACCACUGCAGCUGGGAGGGUUGCGGUUGGAAGUUCGCUCGCUCCGACGAGCUCACGCGUCACUUCCGGAAGCACACCGGCCACCGGCCUUUCCAGUGUCACCUUUGUGAACGGGCGUUCUCCAGGUCUGACCACCUCGCUCUGCACAUGAAGAGGCACAUGUGAGGGAAGUCCCCGAGUCCCUGAGGACAAACUGGAGCAGACGAGGACCCCAUCAAAAACAAUAAGAAUAAUCUCAGCCAUACAACGAUGCUAUGCAAAUAUACAGAUGCAAGUUCCUAUAGCAGUAUGAACUGUAGUGGUACCAUGGCAGGAUAAACAGCCAUACAGCAUGAGGCCACUAGCCUACUGACUACACUGUAAUGCCUACAGGUAUAUUUAUAGGAAUAUUAUGGUGAGUUUUCAUUGGGGCAAAAAGGAGCAUCAAGACGACAUGCCUUCAAAUUCUAUUUGUAAAAAAAGAAAAAAAAAAAGCUAUUUAAAUGUGUUUUUUUGAGAGAAACGACAUACACACCACAAAACAAUGAGCAACUAUAGCCAGAUAUGACAGAAACAGAUGAAUUCUGUUCACUUUAAAAAAAAAAAAAACUAUGUAGCUGGUACUACUUUUUUUGUAUGGAGUGCUGUUUAUAUAGACAACAAAUGAAAGGACCAUUCCAC